AAAAAAAAAAACAGUCAUAUCGUAGCCAGGGAGAAUCGGUAGCAACGCGAAGAGAGAGACAGAAUCAAGAGAGAGAGAGACAGAGCAGAGAGUGGCCGUUUCAACGGCCACCUCCACCUCCACCUCUACCUCAUCAUCAAUCUUCCUUACAGAAAAUUUUCCUUCUGUUAAGAAUAAUUCCUUUCCAUUUCCAGAAUUUCGUUUUCCUUUUCCUCUUUCUUAGGAAAAUCAAAAAAGAAAAGAAAAGAAAAUAAAAGAAAAUCUUUCAAAAAUUCUAUUGCCUUGGCUGCAUUUAGCAUCGCUUCAAGGUAAUUUCAAUUGCAAUUGUUCAAUAUUUGAACAUUUCGUUUCUUUUAUAUAUCCAGAUCGUUGAACUAGCUUACACAUUUCAAAUUCUCGGGAAGUUUUUUAAAAUUAUAAACAGAUAUAGAUGCAGAAUAAUAUAUUCACCGCAAUGCGUAGCUUGAAGUUUAUAGAAGGGUGUAAAGGCACCCAGGUUUAUGCCCUUAAUCCUGGAGGCGGUGGCGGAAUCGGCUUUGGUAGCGUUGGAGAAAAGUUUCUUCAACAUCUUCAAGACCUUAGAGUCAAUUCCAUCCGAGCGAAAUCCAAUAGCCAAACAUCGCUCGAUAAAGCCACAAAUUAUCUCCCAGUUGAAAAUCUACUCCCUGCUGGUCUCCCCAACACCGAUCUCCUUGAGCCGCAGAUCGAUCCUUGCCUCAGGUAUGUUGAUUUUGUCGAAACCCUUGCGGAAGUAUAUCGUACAAUUGAAAAUUGUGCCCAAUCCGAGAAAACCGCGGUUUACUUACAGCAAUGCGCGAUAUUUCGGGGUUUAUUGGAUCCUAAAAUGUUUCGGCGGAGCCUCCGUGCGGCCAGACAGCACGCUGUGGAUGUACACUCAAAAAUUGUGUUGGCCUCGUGGUUAAGAUUCGAGAGAAGAGAAAAUGAACUUAUCGGUAAAUUAGCCAUGGAUUGUUGUGGAAGAAUUCUAGAAUGCCCUAGGGCUUGUUUGGUAUCUGGUUACGAUCCUGAAUCGGUAAAUGAUGCUUGUAUGUGUUCAAGGUCUCCUAGAGGGGAUUGCGAUGAUGGUAUUUCGGUAGGAGACGGUGAUAAUAUUUCCGUAGGAGAUGAAGGAUGUUCAACUUCAGACGAAGACGGUGAUAUGUCUUUUUGUAUUGGAGAUGAUGAGAUUAGGUGUGUGCGAUACAACAUUGCUUCGCUUUCAAGACCUUUUAAAGCAAUGUUGUAUGGUGGUUUUACAGAGUCAAGGAGGGAGAAGAUAAAUUUCUCUCAGAAUGGGAUAUCCACAGAAGGAAUGAGAGCUGUAGAGAUAUUUAGCAGGAUGAAAAGAUUAGACUCUUUCGAUUUGCGCGUCGAAUUAGAGCUUCUUUCUUUGGCAAACAAGUUUUGUUGUGAAGAAAUGAAGGCAGCUUGUGAUGCUCAUUUGGCAUCUCUGGUUUCUGAAAUGGAGGAUGCAGUUUUGCUAAUUGAGUAUGGAUUGGAGGAGACUGCAUAUCUUUUAGUGGCUGCUUGUUUACAGGUGUUCCUGAGAGAGCUUCCAAGUUCCAUGCACAAUGCUCAUGUGAUGGAAUUGUUUUGUAGUUCGGAGGGUAUGGAGAGAUUGGCAUUGGUCGGGCAUGCUUCGUUUUUGUUGUAUUACUUCUUGAGCCAGGUUGCUUUGGAAGAAGACAUGAAAUCCAAUUCAACAGUUAUGCUUUUGGAAAGAUUGGCAGACUGUGCGACUGAAGGUUGGCAGAAACAACUUGCUUAUCACCAAUUAGGUGUUGUGAUGCUUGACAGGAAGGAAUAUAAAGAUGCCCAGAAUUGGUUUGCAGUGGCAGUUAAGGCAGGUCAUGUUUAUUCUUCAGUUGGUCUUGCAAGGGCGAGAUACAAACGUGGGCACAACUAUUCAGCAUAUAAGAUGAUGAAUUCACUGGCUUCUAAUUAUAAACCAGUUGGAUGGUUGUACCAGGAAAGGUCUUUGUACUGUGUUGGGAAGGAGAAGAUGAUGGAUUUGACCACAGCAACUGAAUUGGAUCCAACUCUUUCCUUUCCAUACAAAUACAGGGCUGUUUUGUUGGUGCAGGAGAACAGACUUGGGGCAGCAAUCUCAGAGCUCAACAAAAUAAUCAGUUUCAAGGUCUCUCCUGAUUGCCUUGAAUUAAGAGCUUGGAUUUUUAUUGCUUUGGAGGAUUAUGAAAGUGCUCUCAGAGAUGUCCGGGCACUGUUGACUUUGGACCCAAAUUACAUGAUGUUUCAUGGGAAGAUGCAUGGUGAUCGCUUGGUAGAACUUUUGUGUCCUCUUGUCCAGCAGUGGAGUGAGGCUGAUUGCUGGAUGCAACUUUAUGAUAGGUGGUCCUCUGUUGAUGAUAUAGGCUCCUUAGCUGUUGUGCACCAUAUGUUGGCAAAUGACCCAGGAAAGAGUCUUCUUCGGUUUCGGCAAUCUCUCCUCCUUUUACGGUUAAAUUGUCAAAAAGCUGCAAUGCGUAGUUUGCGGAUGGCAAGAAAUUAUUCUACUUCUAAGCAUGAAAGGCUUGUUUAUGAAGGAUGGAUUUUGUAUGAUACUGGCCAUCGUGAAGAAGCCCUAGCUAAGGCUGAGGAGUCCAUUUCAAUUCAGAGAUCAUUUGAAGCUUUUUUCCUGAAGGCAUAUGCUUUAGCAGACUCAAGUCUCGAUCCUGAGUCAUCACAGUAUGUUAUUGAACUUCUUGAGGAAGCUCUUAGAUGCCCUUCAGAUGGCCUGCGGAAGGGACAAGCACUGAAUAAUCUUGGGAGUGUCUAUGUUGACUGUGAUAAGCUGGAUCUUGCGGCUGAUUGUUACAUGAAUGCACUCAAUAUUAAGCAUACAAGAGCACACCAGGGUCUGGCCCGUGUAUAUCAUCUCAGAAAUCAGCGGAAAGCUGCAUAUGAUGAAAUGACGAAACUGAUAGAAAAAGCCAGGAAUAAUGCAUCUGCAUAUGAGAAGCGUUCCGAGUACUGUGAUCGUGACAUGGCAAAGAGUGAUCUUAGUAUGGCAACACAACUAGAUCCCUUGAGGACAUACCCAUACAGAUACAGGGCAGCGGUUUUAAUGGAUGACCACAAAGAAGAUGAGGCCAUAUCAGAGCUCUCGAGGGCCAUACUUUUCAAGCCAGAUUUACAGCUACUACAUCUUCGUGCAGCAUUUUAUGAAUCAAUGGGUGAUAAUAUCUCUACCCUUCGAGAUUGUGAAGCAGCCCUUUGUCUUGAUCCCAAUCACGGUGAUACCAUCGAGCUCUAUAAUAAAGCACGACAACGAGCUAGUGAAGAACAAAAAUGAGAACAAAAACCCAAUAUUGGCAUUAUAUCUCCAUUAUGUGGCAAUUCCAUGGCUGCCAACUUUCUUUUCGCUUUUGGUACAAGGAUGGCCAGUGCUUGUCGAGGAAAAGUAUCUUUUUGGAUUUUCUUUCCAGAGAUAUCGAGAUGCUGAUGUGCCAGGGCACUUUUAUAGGGAAGGAAAGAAGAAUUUGAAAGUCAGUUAAAAAGAAAAAAGAAGGAAAAGGAAAGUUAGAGAGUGAGAUAGCAUGUAAAUAUAUCUAUUUCUAAGUUAAUAUUUUGAGAUCAUUGUAUGAUAUAAAUGCUGCAGACUGAUUCUGCGGCUAUUACAUUUUACUUCGGUAAAAGUUAAUGGAAGUACCAUAGUCAAAAGAAACAUGUACAUGAAAUGGCAGCUCAUGUUAAAGUCUGUCCUUUUAGAGGUUUACAUAUGAUUUUUUUCUUUUUCAAUGCCAAGCUGUUUACAAUUUAUUAUAA